AUGUCAUGUCUGACAUAUUUAUUACGCAAUGCCAAUUUUCGAUUCUUUAAGAAUUUAUGCUUUCGAAAUCACCUUUCUCUGAAUGCGCGCCGUAUUACUUCUCUCUCUUUCUCUGUCUCUCUGUCUCUGUCUCUCUCUCCCUCUCUCUAUCUAUCUACUCACCUUAAUUUCUAUCUUUCACGCUUUAUUGGUUUACUUUUUACUUUCUUAUUGUGCUUCCUCUUGUCCUUUUAUCUAUUACUUUCUUUCUUUCUUUCUUUCUUUCUUUCUUGCAAAUUUGUCUUGCUUUUACGACCGCUUACUUCCUUUCUUCAUUUCUCUUUAAAAGUCUUCGGGUUUCUUUAUUUCCUUCUUUUCUUUGUUGGUUUCUUUACUGCUUUUUCUAGUAGAAUUUUAUUCUGUUUUCUCUUUCUUUCUUUUUUUUUCAGUAUUUAUGUACGUGGUAUUAGUUACCGUUUUUUUUUUCUUUCUUUUACAUUUCUUCUUCCUUUAUUUCUGCUCUUUCUUUUCUUUCUUCAUCUAUUCUUUUCUAUUCCUUUCUUUCUUUCUUUCUUUCUUUCUUUCUUUUCGUUUCUUUCUUUCUUUCUUUCUUUCUUUCUUUCUUUCUUUCAGUUUUCCCCAUUACUUUUUAUAUUUUUUAACACAAUUAUUCAUUCAGUCAGUCAUUCAUUCUUUCAUUCAUUUAAUCUUUCUUUUAUUCUUUCUUUCUUUUCUUUCUUUCUUUCUUUCUUUCUUUCUUUCAGUUUUUCCCCCUCAGUCAUUCAUUCUUUCAUUCAUUUAAUCUUUCUUUUAUUCUUUCUUUCUUUCUUUCUUUCUUUCUUUCUUUCUUUCUUUCUUUCAGUUUUCCCCUCAGUCAUUCAUUCUUUCAUUCAUUUAAUCUUUCUUUUAUUCCUUCUUUUCUUUCUUUUUUCUUUCUUUUCUUUCUUUUUCUUUCUUUCUUUUUCUUUUCAGUUUUCCCCAUUACUUUUUAUAUUUUUUAACACAAUUAUUCAUUCAGUCAGUCAUUCAUUCUUUCAUUCAUUUAAUCUUUCUUUUAUUCUUUCUUUCUUACGUUCUUUACAAACCUUAUUUUGUUUUUUUUUUACUGUUUCCUUUACUUCUUUAAUUGGUCCUUUUUUUUCUUUCUUUCUUUCCAGCAUUCUUUUCAAACUAUCCAAGCAUUUUUACCUCUUCCCGUUUAGUUGUACUUCAUAUUUUUACCAUUUUAUUUUCAUCUCUCUCUAUUUCUCUCUCUCUCUCUCUCUCUCUCUCUCUCUCUCUCUCUCUCUUUCUGUAACUUUUUAA